AUGGGCCCUACAAGUCAGUCUCCCCUUUUCCAUCGACCCGACAUCUCAUCUCAGUUCAAGUUCCGGAUAGAGAACCGCUCGCAGCUAUUCCCGGUGCGGUACCGGCAGGCGGGGGCGGGGGACGAGGCGUGGGAGGCGCUGGCGGUGGGGGCGGCCAAGUCGUUUGCGUGGGAGGACGGGCGCGGGCUGCGCCUGCUGGAGCUCAUGGUGGACGGCGCACACUCCUCCACGGCGCGCCGCGUGGCCAUCGACGACCCCGCUGUGCUCGAGCCCGCCACCAACGCCUCUGGCCGCCCCGUCGCGCCGCUGCUCGUCACCGUCGCCCGAGAGCCCGCUCCGUCGGGUGGGGGGUGUGUGAUGCGCGUGUGCCUGCACGACUGGCGCCCCUCCGACCCCUCCCUUGUCCACCUCGCCCUCUCCCUCACGCCCUCCUCCCUCCUCACCGCGCCUCCCCCUGCCCUCACGGUGGGGAGCGAGGGGUCCAGCGCGGUGGCGACAGCAGAGGGGGCGGGGGGCGGAGGGGAGCGGCGGGUGGUGGUGGUGGUGGAGGUGGAGGAGUGUGGCGUGUCAGUAGUAGACGCCACCCCCGAGGAGCUGCUCUACAUCUCCAUGACCGGCGCCCUGCUCUCCCUCGACUCCACCGCCCCCUCCUCCGCACGCCCAGGCACCUCGGGGGGGAGUGGGUCGGGUGGGGUGAGCCGGGUGAAGCUGCAGGUGGGGCAUCUGCAGAUUGACAACCAGCUGGCUGUGACGGCCAUGCCCGUGUUGCUGGCACCUGAGGAUCCACCUGGGGUGGUGCAGCCAUACGUGCUGAAGCUCACUGUGGCCAUGCGGCCGGCACGGGACGAGGAUGAGCAGUCGUUCCCUUACAUCGGCCUGCAGCUACCGAGUGCCGCCUGGCUGGUGAACAUCCACGAGCCAAUCAUCUGGCGUCUCGCUGACAUGGUCAAGCGCCUCUCCGCCCACCGCCUCGACGCCCCCCCGCAACCCACCUCCGUCUCCCUCGACCCGCGCGUGCACGUCGGGCUGCUGAACAUCUCGGAGGGGCGGCUGAAGCUGACGAUGGCCAUGUCCCCGCUGCACCGCCCGCGCUACAUGAUGGGCUUCUGGACGUCCGUGCUCACCUCCAUGGGCAACACCGAUGAGAUGCCGAUCCGCCUGUCCCCGCGGGUGCGGGAGGGGGUGGUGUUGCGGCGCAGCCAGGUGUGGGCGGAGGCGUGGCGCAGUGUGAGCAACGACCUGCUGGCGCAGCCGUUCCGCCUGCUGUCGGGGCUGGACGUGCUGGGCAACGCCAGCAGCGUGGUGGGGCAGGUCAGCAAGGCCGUGGCGGGCAUGAGCAUGGACCGCGCCUUCAUCCGCGCGCGCCACAAGCACGACGCCAAGGCCGCCGUCGGCUCGCUGGGCGACGGGCUGCGCGAGGGCGGGGAGGCGCUGGCCAAGGGGCUGUUCCGCGGGGUCACGGGCAUCCUCACCAAGCCCAUUGAGGGCGCGCGCGACGGCGGCGUGGAGGGCUUUGUGGCGGGCAUGGGGCGCGGGCUGAUCGGUGCGGCGGCGCAGCCGGUGAGCGGCGUGCUGGACCUGGUGAGCAAGACCACGGACGGCGUCAACGCCGAGCGCGCGCGCCUCUCCGCCGCCAUGACUGCCAAGCUCGCUCUGCGCCGCCGCCGCCUGCCGCGUGCCAUCCGCGGCGACCACGUGGUGCGGCCAUAUGAUGAGUACGCGGCGCGCGGGCAGAGCAUCCUGCAGCUGGCGGAGUGGGGCGCGCUGACGGGCGCGAGCGUGUUUGACAUCCGAGAGAAGGGCAAGUUCGCCCUCAGCGACGCGUACGAGGACCACUUCCACCUGCCGGCGCGCCGCAUCCUCAUGAUCACCCACCAGCGCACCAUGCUGCUCGAGCAACCGGGCGGUGGAGCGCUGGCAGGGGGGCGCAAGCCGGACCUGACUCGGGAGGCGUGCAGCAUCGUGUGGGCCGUGGCGUGGGGCGACCUGCUGUCUCUGGAGGUCAUGCGCGGCCGCGAUGAGCCGCCCUCCGCCCCGCCGUCACGUGUUGUGCUGCAUCUGCGGGAGUGGUCAGCAGACGUGCGGCUGCUGGACGCCAAGGAGAUCGCCCGCGUGGUGCUGUGCCAGGCAGGCACGGAGCAGGCACAGCAAGUGCGAGACGCCAUCCAGCGCGCCCUCGACCAGUUCGGCCCCGAUCGGGCCACCGUCGCCGCUCAGACGCGCAAGCGGCGGCAGGAGAGUCGGCCGUACACGGGGGCAGGGGCGGGGGCGGCGUCUGGGGCGGCGUUGGGGCUGCUGGCAGGGCCAGCAGCGCCGGUGGUGGUGCCGGUGAUGGCGACGUUUGGAGCGCUGGUGGGCGGCGCGGGGCAGGUGAUGCUGGAGGCCGACAGCCACGGCGACCUCGCCUCCCCUUCCUCCCGCCACCGCCCCUCCCUCGCUGCUCCUGCCUCCGGCCCCGCUCGGCCGCGUGCCAUGACGGGCAGAGGCAGCUUCGGGGACGUGGUAGGGGCGGACGUGAAUGGGCCGCCUGCCAUUGUGGUGAAGGCAUUCAAGCUGAUGUGGUGGGACAAGGUGAGAGGCAUUCAAGCUGAUGUGGUGGGACAAGGGAGCGGUGUGGAGCCAGAAGUUCCCCGUAUCCAUCUGGCGCCCCAUCCUGCGCCCAGGGUGAGUGAGGGCACCACUGGUGGGAGGUAUGUGUCGGUGGGGGACGUGGCAACACCAGGGUACGACCAGCCGGUGAGGAGCACCGUCUAUCUCGACACCGGCGCCGGCAAGUUCGCUCCGCCUCUCGGCUUCGAUCUGGUGUGGCGGGACACAGACAGCGGGGCGUGCACGCCGGUGACAAUCUGGGCACCGAGGGCGCCGGAGGGGUAUGUGGCGGUGGGGUGCGUGGCGGUGCCCGACUACUACGAGCCCGACCGCAGCGCCGUGGCGUGCGUGGCGGCGGGCGCAGUGGGCGCGGCGGAGCUGGGGCGGCUGCCCAUAUGGCGCGACCGCAAGGGCGCAGCGCUGUGGAAGUGCAGCCUGUGGCAGGUGCACAACGCCGCGCGCACCUUCCUGGCACGGCGCGACCAUGAGAGCCCACCACCAGGCAUGGCCUUUGAUGUGAAGGUGGAGGACACACACACAGAUGCACGCAGUGCCACCUUCGUGCACACAGGGUAG